UAACAGUGAGCAGUAGGUCGAAACAGUAGUAGUGUUUGUAAUAGGUUUACAUAAGCAAACAUGAGUAACAGCAGAAUCAGUGAUAACAGAAUUAAGUACAGUGUUUGCGCUGUCAGUGUCAACAGGCAGUCUGCGUGUUAUUGACUUAAUCAGGAGGCAACGAUAUCGUACAAAACCCAAUAUAACGAUAAUUAUACCAAUGAAGGCAGACAGAAAGGGGAAUCGUAGGUUAUAUGAGGGGGAGGAAUAAAAUAGAAGGGAUCUAAUUGAUCGUUGACAAGAGGGAGCAUUCUUACGUCCAUAAUGAGGAGAGAAUUGUCUCUAAUGGGGAGGUUUAAGGAGACCCGAGCGAGUGUCGGUGAAAUAGGAGUGUAAGAAAAAAAAAAAAAAAAAAAAAAAAGCAGUGAGAAGGGCGCAGUGUGAUGAGUUAGGAGUCGAGUCGGCAUGAGCGAGGGAGGACGAAUGCACCAUUGACCACAAGUGUCAACGGACGAGCUCGGGACAAAGGCGAGGCAGUGGGCACGCUGCGUUGGAGGAGGAAGAGGCCCUGGACGGCACGGGAGCCCUGAUGCCACAGGGGAGAAUGCAUACUAAGUCGACGGCUUAGUGAGAGCAGUAAAAGCCUUCACGGCGCGGCCCAGGGCAACUAUGGAACUGUUUUUGCGAGUUUUCGCAUGUUAAUUAAAAUAUAUUGAAACAAUAUAUACAUACAAUUUUCCAGUAUUUUUUCCAGAAAAGGGAAAGACAGUGUGACCUGAACCCAGAUGCCAAGCAAGCAAGAAUUCCGUCGAGCCGAGACCGAAGAUUCCAGAAAUGGGUCUGCUCUCUGGGCCGCGAGCAUGGAGGCGGAGUCGGGAAAAGUGGGCGUGGAAAGGUCUUGCCCCGUGCUGCUCCUCGCGACGGGCGCCCUGGGCUUCGUCCUACCCAGACGCCAUCCCACGGGGCGCUACGAGAUCUCCUGGAGCAGGCUCGUCCCCAUGGUGGCCAUGAUAGCCCUCCUCUGUUGGAAUAUUUUUACCUAUCCGGUAGCAUUCACGAGUAUUGCUUAUGACAAGUUUGUGGACCUGAUUCUAUAUUCCGCUUGCACCGUUCUCAUUGUUUAUAGCUUUGUGUUGGCCAUUUACAAGCGACGUAGGACAGCAAGCCUCUUCAUAGCUUUGGAAGGGAAGUUGACACCUACUAAAUUAUAUGUAACUAUCAUGUCCUCCUGCGUCUUCCUCUUGAAUGCUGCUCUGUUCUGCACAAUAAACUACUAUAACACCGACUGGGAUAACGUAUCCCUAGUGUAUCUUCUCGCCAUGACUUUAGUACAUCCUGUUUUGCCGUUGCUCUUGGACCUGUACGUGGCGCACAUGAUACACGGACUGAACCAAGCGUACAAGGGGACAACAGACCAAUGCAGCAAAGGAACAGAGAUGAGAUCAGCGUCGAGGGACUCCACUUCAAGGGUCUUUGCUGUGCUGCAGAAUAAGACGGGAGGAAUGGAAGAUCACAGCGUCGGCAGAAUAGGUGAAAUUAUGGAUCUCUGUGACGACCUUUCACACCUGGUCAGCUUGCAUAAUGAGAUUUUUUCGGGCUGGACAUUCUUGAGAUGCGCCGCUCUCCUUGCCAAGCUCCUGAACUCUGCUUAUUAUUUAAAUGUGUUCUUCGGUGAUUGGUAUCCUUUCGUCAGUGCACUCUGUUAUACACUUAAUGAGAUCAUCAGCUUCAGACUCCUCAGUUGUCAAGCGGACUCUCUCAGGGAAGCUCACUGCGAGUUGGAAGACGUCCUUAUGACUCUUCAGAGGCAAGUGCAUAUGCCAAUAGAGGAUAGGAUUCGCCUGCAAAGCAUCGCCGCCCACCUAAGAGCCCGCCCCGCCCGCAUUGCCAUUGGGAACGUGGGUGUGCUUGGCUCACAUAUCCUGAUAUCAAAGAUAAAUAUUGCUUUGACAUUUACUGCUAUUGUGUACCAAUACCGACCCAGGUAGAGGGAACCUUUGAGAAAUUCUGAUGCAGUAGAAUUAAUAUAUGUCACUCAGAAGGGUAUGCAUGCUUACUUAUAUGUAUAUAAACGUUUCUUAGGAAACGACUAAAGGAUCACAACUGAUGAUUGAGACACUCAGAUCCACUUAAACCACUUUAUUUUGGAGUUGGCCCUCCGACUCAAAGCCCGGGUGAAUUCUCUAUAUAUUGUAAGGGUCCCUUUAAGGUCAAGACCUUGGAGAUUCUCUGCUUCAGCUUACACAUCACUGAACUUCUAUGUUUGCGUUGAAGGAUGCUGUUACUUUCUGUACUAACGUCUGUUUUGCCGGAAACAUCAGGUAUACAAAACAUAAUAUGUAAUGUACGCAUUACAUAUAUGGAAGGGUGAUAGUAAAGGAAACAUGUCGGUAGAAAUGAAAUGCUAGGGACAUGCGAAGUGAUAAUUUACAGUUUUUUUUCACAGCAAGACAGCAAGACAAAAUGUCCACCCUGUUUUAAGACAGGGUGGAGUUUUUCAUUAUUUUCUGUACAAAUAAUAUAGAGGAUAAAAAUAUAGAGGAUAUAAAAAUAUAAACCACAUAAUACUGGAGAUAUAAUACUAGAGAUACACUCUGAUUGUAGUCCAUUUCAGAAUAUUUGGGGAAAUAUCAGGUCUCAUGCUGGCCCUUGAUAUGAAUUCAAGUCCCUCCUUAGAAUUCAGUUACAAGUGUUAAAACACUAAGAGUUUUGGAUAUAUCUUUUUUGGUUAUGGCGACGGCUGUUAAAUAUAAAGUCACAUUUUCUGUCGCCCUGCAAGACAUGCAGCAAGUCUUCAGUUAAUACAGAGCAUCCUCUGGACUGUUAGAAAAAGCCACAGUAUUACAGUGUCCUCCUGGCAAAGUUUGUGAAGCAGAGAAUGCAUGUCUUGCACCUUGCCGUACGGCAAUUCAGCCGUCACCAAAGAUUAAUACAAUACCCACCACAUUGGCACGUCGACAGUGUUGCCGCAUCUCCAGGCUUAAUAUCGUAACUGAUACUACAGAACUUCGAUAUCUUCGAUUUCAAUACACACGACCAAGUAAUGAAAAACAUAAAUGUUGGACCAUUCCAGCCCCUCCUGCUUCCGCUGUACUUUAUCCCAAACAAUAUAUCUGCGACUUCCGGAGUCGUCUGUACCUACUACAAGUUCCUUUUUCGGAAUUCUGUCGGCAACAGGAAUUCUUGCUCUUGCCACAGAGUAUGAAUUUAUGUGGAUCCUGGGCCAGAUUUAUCACUGGCCCUACAUUCAUUCUCUGCAUAAUGAACUUCUCGAAUUUUAGACCAAACGUCACUGGCCUCGUGCAUCCGACAUACUCCCUAUUCAGCAUUAGCUAAGACACCUUAACCCGUUUACAUAGAGAUGACUCCACAAGUUCAUUGUCACCAAAGAGUCAAUUAUUAGUCCUGUCUCAUCUGCCUACCCUUUUCCUUGAUUUUUGCAUUUUUUUCAGUAUUCUAUUUUUUUUGUUAUUUGUAUUUUAGUAAUAUAACCAUAAUGCCCAUAAUAAUCACAAUAGCAGCAUCGACAUCAAUAACAUUUGAAAAAGAUACUAUAGCAAAUUCAAGAAAUGAGGAGAAGAGACGGUUAUUUCGGCUUACUGAUUGACACCUUGCUGGCUGAGCACUUGAAGAGCCAACACAAUUUAAAAAAAACUACAGUGGACAGAGCAUAAAUCUUAGUUGAUUGAAUGAAGACACGAAGAGGUCGCUUCACAUUUAAUCCUAUUUUAUAGAUAUUUCGAAUAUAAGUAUCGUGUACAUCAUGUAAUGCUUGGGAAUGAUGUUAAUACAUUUCUUUGAAGCGUAAAGAGAUCCUGAAUUGAUAUUCGUACACUAAGAAAAUAAAAUCUGACUAGUUGCCAAGGAAAUCCGUUUCCUUUUCUUUUCCUUAAUGCUUCUCCUGCCUCUCAAGAGCUUGUCGGAACUACCGUGGCGCCCCACACAAAACUGGAGGCAUCUGGAGGUAUUUGUGUCAAACUACAAGUUGUUGUGGAAUGCAAUGGUGGUCUUUCUUUGCCUCAUCUAAUGUUAUUGGCUUUAUAUUCAACAUUCUUGUAUUCUAGAUAAAUAUUACAAUCACAAUAUAAUUCACAAUAAAAGAAAGACAUGUUGCAUGGUUUAUAUUUGAAUCUUUGCAUUCGUGUUUUUUUCAUUAGGAAAUAAAAUACAAAAUAUAUGUAACAUACAUGAAUUUAUGUAACUGUCUACAUCUCCCCGAAUCUAAAUCUACAUUAUUGCUUACUAAAAAUAUAGUACAGAAAUAUGUAGACAUAUAUAAAUGAGUGUUGACUGGUGUGUAACCAGUCAACACCUGCGAACCAGGGAAGGGAUCUUUGAGUCGCUGGUUGGUCUAUGUAAUGCCCCUGUCACCUGCAGUCGGUCGUUCGUGAAAAGGGCGCGGCUGCUCGGCGAGGGCAAUUAUCCGUAAUAUAAUCAUUAAUCCAUGUCUAAAAAGUGAACUAUAAAACAGCAUCAUUAUCAUUAUCAUCAACGUUUGUAUCAUCAUCAUCAUUUAGAUUACUAAGGCAGCGUAAACGUUUAUCUGUUAAAGUUCGAUACAAUUAUCUUAGUAUUUUAAUAUGCAUAUAUGACCUCUAGUGGCAUAAAGGUCUGCCUUGUUCUUGGAAGAUAAUAAAAAACAUUUUAUUCUAGAAGGCGCAUCACGUUGUCGAGUGCUGUGAAUCGAUUAGACAUACCCACUAUUAAUAAUCAUUUCGGAACUUGUUAAAAACAUAAGAGCAUCUUAUUGGAACACGCAGACUGUCAACGCUGAGUAAUAACAUAAUCCAUUACCUAAACACAAGUACGCCUUGUUGGUACACACAAUUCAAUUACGUCCUUCGUGUAAAAAAUCAACUUGUUAUUAUAAGAGCUUAGUGGUGUGAGGAAUGUACCAUUUUAGUUUCUAAAUGUGCCAUGAUGGUAAGGAUGAUGAUAAAUAAUAAAUGUAAUCAUGAGUAAUGGUCCUAGCGGGACCCCCGGAAGUUGCAAAAAAUCUAUAUGAGGGAAUCCUCUUUCCCCUUUCACCCUUUCACUUCCCCUCUCCAUCUAUCUUUCCCUUUCCCGCUUUGCCAAUCCCUCCCUUUCAAAUUCCCUGAAUCACCUACUUUAAGCCCUAGGUCUGUCCCUCCCACUUCCCGCUUCCUCACCUAAAAUCCCUACACUUCCUCUGUGGCCUUGUUCCCAUUAUUCCCUCCCCGGCCCCCUUUUUUCUCUGAGCUCCCUCCUCCUUCCCAGGCUGAGGCUGAGUGUUUCUUCCUUGUUCUCAUAAUAUCCAGGGUCUUUUUCCACUUGCAGGUAAAUUUCACAACCUGUUUGAAAUUCAAUCUUGCAUCCUUAAAAAAAUGGACAGAUAAUCAAACCGCCCAUGAUGAAGAAGGGAGGGACGGUUUUCAAACUAUGCCUAGAGGGAGAAAACUUGACUUCUUGUGUAGAUGGGAAAUAAAACUGGCAGGUUGUUGACAUCUUGCGAGUACAAGAGAAUAAUCUGAAAUGAACUACGAGACAAAACUCCUUCGGGUCGUCGGCAGGUGGACUGAUGCAUGUUGACGAUAAUUAAUGAUAAUGAUGAUGAUAGUGACGAUGAUGAAAAUGAAAACUGAUAUUGAUGACGAUGAUGAAAAAGAUAAUGAUACU